AUGCCCGUCACCAUUCAAAUUGCCGACCAUCCUGCCAGAACCUGGUCUCAGCCAAGAGCUACCACCCCUGAUGAUGUCCUCCGAAAGGCCUGCCCGAGAAACGGCGACGAAGCUUAUGACUGGAGCCCUGAGCCUACGCCUAGAGACCCAAGAAGGCGCCUCACAAAGAGAAACGUCAUCCAAUCCUCUUUCUCGUCUGAGUAUCUUCGCAAAACACAUAUCACACCAUCGCAAAACGGGUUCUUGUGGGCUGUCUACCAUGCCUACAGUUCCCAUCACCAUCUUCACAUCCGACCAGAAGACAUUUGGUUCGCAAUCUUGACGCAAUUGAGCUUUUACAUCAAUGCCAACUCUGAAAGUCUCAGGUCCCUCUUUGUCGAGCAUGAGGAGCGCAAGAAGCUUGAAAUCAGGCUCUUAACAUCUAAAAUGGAGUCGACUGACUUCGGUGGCCUCGCACAACGCUUCUCCGAAAUGAUCUCCUCAAACGUCAAGGAUGAAGAGUUGCAUGAUUGGAUCAUGCCGUCGUUCACGACCACGUCUGAUAACGACCGCGUGGUUGCAUCAAUCCUGUUCAUGGGAGCCAUGCAAAACUACUUCUCCUACGAGGCACAACUACGGUGCGGCCUGCCAUCGGUGACCCUACAGGGAGACGUUGCAGACUAUGAAGACAUCUUGGCCCGCCUUCACAAGAUCGAGGAAUUUGAGGACGAGCCAAAGCAAUUCGUGAAGUUGAUGAGGCCUAUCCUUGAGCACAUGAUAAUGUCAUUCGAUACCCCCGACAGUCCGCAAGUCGAGGUGUUCUGGAAUAAGAUCGCCAAAUUCCACUCCAGAGGCAGUGGCGGCGACCAUGUAUCUGGAUGGCUUGGUGUCUUUUCCUUCUGGAGCGCAUCGGGCCAGACUGUGAUGGGCUCAUCUGCUGACUGGCAACCUAGUAUUGUUGAUGGCGUUCCGCGAAUGAAGGUUUUGAUGAAAGAAUUUGCGGCUGGGUACGCUUCAGUCCCUGUCAUUAUCAAAGACUCCGGAACCACACACCAUUGCACCAUGUCAGCAGGAUCAAUCGGUAUCCAGGCAGCUCGUGACAGUUCCGGUGGAAACUUCGACGACGGUCUGGAAGACUACUAUGGCAUACGAGACGGUCGAGGUGAAAACUUUUAUGGUAUUUGGCUCAGAGAUCUUCAUGGCGGUCAUGUGAGUCCCAGAACGCGUGAGGAAGGACCGAGCCAGUUCUCCGACUUGACAAAGAUUCGAUCCUUGACGGGAUGGGUGAUGUGGGAGGACAUGUCCGACGGCGAGGGCGUGCCUGAGUCCGGUACAGUGGACAGGCCGGGCAGACAACGACGACGGUGA